GUUGCUAAAAUGUAGUACUCUAAACAUACAUAUAUUUGAAUUUCUAGUUAAAUAUCGUAAAAAUAGCGCAACGAAUUCACGUCUUCUGACAAAUUGCCGAAACCGAAGUCGAAAGGGAAAACUUACUUAUUAGCUCUGCGGCAACCCUAGACUAUAAGAAGCCUGAAGCAUUUUUUUUUAUUGUUUUUCCAGAUAUUUAGGGGUUUUCGAAAACGUUCUCUAAUCCAGCACCAGGUGUUCCCAAACAUAUAGCCUAUAUCGUAUAUAUAUUCGGGGCGCGUAUUAGCUGCAGCUGUCAGUGAUAAUUGAACUGGUAAGGCACCAAGAUGGGCAAUGUACUGGAAGCAAAAGUAUCCUGCGAUAGGCCAGUGGCUGUGGUCCAACCAAUGCCAGCCGUGAGCAGCAGCAGCCCAGCUGAAGAUUCAGCUGCGACGGAACAGGAGGAAGCGGAGGAGGAGUCAUAUCCCAAGGCAAAUGUGACGUUGCAUUUGUUUCAUUAUCGCCAGCAAAUGGCACUGAAGGACCAUCAUGUGGUCAAGUGGGCCACCUCGAAGCUGCUGCUCACCGAGGAGCUGCUCAAGCAGCAGGAGUCGCAGCUGCCACGCUCACACGCGCUGCUGGACGAUGAUGCAGCCUGGGCCGAAAGCCAAUUGGCCCUGUUGACGGACGACGAGGAGGAUGCCAACGAUGAGAAUCUGGCGCCCAUGGAGCAGCAGGGACUGGGCAACGAACUGAACAAUCUCAUGAAAUACAGACUAAAGCUGCGCGACACCAUUGUCCAGGUGGCCCAGGAGAAGAUGCGCAAGCGUGAGAAGACAAAACUGAAGCGUUUGAAACGCCGCACACUCAUCUCCUCGAAGAAGCCCAGCAACAAGGACAAGCAUCGACAGGCCUAUUAAGUCAAGCUGGUUGGCAGCCUCAUUAAUUAUAGUUGAUUUGAAAUUAAUCGUUCUGUACAUAUACAUAUAUACGUAAUAGCCAUAUAUCUAUUCGAAUAGUUCUAGCUGAUAUGCCUAUUUGUAAUUGUAUUUAUUUUGUUUACUCUUAAUAUUUUUAUGGCAAUUUAAAAUCGUUCAC